AUGAAUUCAAAAUGUCAACUUAAUCAACUUGAUUUAAACGUUGUUGCGGAAAGCGAAUUACAAGAACUUCAAAACAACUAUAAGUCAAAUACUUACCUUAGUUUACAUGGAUUAAUUUACAAUACUAGCCUGAAACAUCCAAGAGCACAAAAUGGUUUUGUUCUUUUUCGGAGAGAUUUACAGGCUUUCUUGAAUUCAGAAGAAGCUUCAAAAUUAAAAAAUAUUGGUGAAAUUUCAAAACUUGCUGCCGAUUUAUGGAAUGGAAAACCUUCUAUUAUUAAGUUGUGGGAUGGAAUCUUUAUUAAUGAAAUUAAAUCAUUUUAUAGUACAUUAUCUAAGAUCGCGAAAAAG